UUAGUAUGAGACCUUUUGACAUUAGCCGAAAACAUAUCAAUACCAUAUCAUUAGUAUUUACCCAAAAAGGCUCAUAUAUCCUUAUUCAAAACAGAUCAAUACCAUGUCAUAAGUCUAUUCAGUUUGCAUAGCAACCUUUGACCUUGGAACUUAGAAUUGAACAUUUCGCUUCAUAUAAAUGCCUGCUGAGAGACCAGGUCACUGCUAGUGAUAAGGUGCUUAGAUUCUGAACUCUUUUGAUCAAAGUCAAGAUUUAAUCACUAAUAUCAUAUUCCUAUAUCAGAUUGAACAGGUCAAGAACCGACAUCUGAGUACGAAGCAAUUCGUUUUUAUUAAAAUCUACCAAUCAGACCCAAGUGCUAACUGAUUAUUAUAAUCAGAGACUCAAGCUUUCAUUACUAAUAAUAGUAUAAGUUUUAUAUUAAUUUAGGUAUCCAAAUCCAAGUGACUAAGUUUGACAGAGACAAAAAUGUUUUUUUUAAACUGAAAAAUUGGUUUUUUCUUGGUUGGGGUCAAGUUAUGCAUUACUAGCAACAGAUAUAGCAAGCUAGAAGAGUUCUGCAAUAUAAUGGAGUUGACUUACACUGUUCCAUUUUAACCUCUACUGUAUAUUAUAAUCAAAGUCAGCUUCAAUAACUCGUAGGAAUAUAAUUUUUUAUUUUUAAGGAUAGGUAUUUAAAGUAUCCAAGUGGCUAUACUGAAAUUGUUGGUACUAUAUAUAGUAUUUGGUUCACCUUGAUUGUGGUUAAGUUAUGCAAACUACAUUCAUUUUGCAAGAUAAUGGAGUUGAAUACUUUCAUUUUGGCUUGCUACAUUUUAAUCUGUACAAUAACAAGGUCUGUGGCAGUAGAUACCAUCAGAAUGCAUCAGACCUUACGAGAUGGUGAUACUAUCACAUCAGCAGGUGGAGAGUUUGAACUUGGAUUUUUCAGUCCAGGAAGUUCAACGAAUCGAUAUCUGGGCAUCUGGUACAAGAAAAUAUCCAGAGGGACAGUUGUUUGGGUUGCUAAUAGAGAUAAUCCUCUUAUGAAUACCUCAGGCUUAGUGCAGGUCAAUCACAAGGGAAUUACAUUGCAAUUGGUGGAUAGUAGUACUGGAAUAAUAUGGUCAUCGAAUACGUCUGUAUCCAUGAAGAAUCCUGUUGCACAGCUAUUAGAUACAGGGAAUUUAGUUUUAAGGGAAGGGCAUCCUGAUUUUAACAGCGUAGAAGAUUUUAUAUGGCAGAGCUUUGAUCACCCUGGAGACAAUUUGCUACCUGGCAUGAAAGACGGGAUAGACCUGGUAACCGGUCUGAACAGGAUCGUUUCAUCGUGGAGAAGUGACGUUGAUCCAUCAGUUGGCAGUUUUUCCCAUGGACUUGAUCCUAAUGGUUUUCCACAAUAUUUUCUGUCAAAAGAUUCGGUGAUUUGGAAGAGGACAGGACUAUGGAAUGGUUAUAAAUUUGGUGGUCUUCCCAACAAAAACCCGAAUGGACUUUUUAAAGACGUGUUUGUUUUCAAUGAAGAGGAAAUCUACUAUAGGUUUCAUCUCAUCAAUACAACUUCUGCUAUAAUGAGGUUUGUACUGACUCCAACCGGAGAUUCAAAACUUCUUGUGUGGAAUGAUCAACAACAAAUCUGGAUGGUUUACGUUACUAUGCAGGACAGUGACUGUGAUCAUUAUGGACUAUGCGGUGUAUAUGGAAUAUGUAAGAUCAACAGUGCACCAAGAUGUGAAUGCUUGAGGGGAUUUGUUCCGAAAUUUCAAGAGGAGUGGAAAGCAGCGGAUUGGUCUGGUGGAUGCAUCCGCAAAACUAAUCUAGUUUGUGGGAGGGAGGAGGGCUUUAUGAAAUAUUCUGGUGUGAAGUUACCAGACGCACGUCACUCAUGGUAUAACAUGAAAAUGAACCUUCAAGAAUGUGAGAUAUCAUGUCGGAAAAACUGUUCUUGUACAGCUUAUGCAACUGCAGAUGUCAGAAGAGGUGGACAUGGAUGUAUCUUAUGGUUUUCUGACCUAAUUGAUAUUAGAGACUACACAGUAGAAGGAGAAGAUAUCUACGUAAGAAUGCCAUCGUCUGAAAUAGUAAAAAUACGCAGUUCCAGAGUGAAGUGGAAAUUAGAGUUCAUUCUCAUUGCUUCAGUACUGGUAGUAGUGCUACUUGGCCGAAUCUUCCUUGUAGCAUGCAAGAACAGAAAGCUGCAGAAAGAAGAAAAAUUGACGUUGAAUUUGGAAAGUGUUGCCUUGACCAAAAUUGAGAAUGAAGAUCUGGAGUUGCCCUUAUUUGACUUCCAAAGCAUUGCAAAUGCCACAAGUAACUUUUCCCGAGAUAUGAUACUCGGAGAGGGUGGCUUUGGACCUGUAUACAAGGGCAAAUUGGCUGAUGGACUGGAAAUAGCGGUGAAAAGGCUGUCAAAAAAUUCAAGUCAAGGACUAGAUGAGUUUAAAAAUGAAGUUUCGUGUAUUGCCAAACUUCAGCACAGAAAUCUAGUGACGCUUCUUGGCUGCUGCACAGAGAAAGGAGAAAGGAUUUUGAUCUACGAAUAUCUGGCUAACAAAAGUCUAGAUUCAUUCAUUUUUGAUAGUAACGUAAGAAAUACAAUGGACUGGCCGAGGCUAUACAACAUAAUAAUUGGCAUUGCUAGAGGACUUCUUUAUCUUCAUCAAGAUUCAAAGCUGAGGAUCAUACACAGAGAUCUCAAAGCCAGUAACAUAUUACUUGAUCAUGAUAUGAAUCCAAAGAUUUCAGACUUUGGCUUGGCAAGAAGUUUCGGAGGAAAUGAAAGUGAAGCAAAAACGUUAAGAGUUGUCGGUACAUAUGGUUACAUGUCCCCAGAGUAUGCUAUUGAUGGACAAUUUUCUGUUAAAUCCGAUGUCUACAGCUUUGGCGUUUUACUAGUAGAGAUAGCAAGUGGAAUGAAAAACAGAUUAUUCAUUCAUCAUGAUCACAGCUUAAACCUACUUGGGCAUGCAUGGGUGAGUUACAAACAAGGCAAACUGUUGGAACUCAUUGAUGGAGUGAUCUUGGAGCCCAAUAACCAUUAUGAAGCCUUGCGAGUUAUACAAAUUGGAUUACUUUGCGUUCAACAAGAUCCAAAGGACAGGCCAGUCAUGUCUGAGGUAAUUCUAAUGUUGAGCAGCAAUAUGAAGCUGCCGCAUCCUAAGCAACCUGGUUUUUUCAUGGAGAGAGAUUUGCUUGAAGCAGACCAAUUUUUGAGCAACCCAAAUCUGUCAACAUCCAACCAAUUAACAAUGACUACUCUCUUACCUCGACCAUAGUGAUAACACUGUUAUUUAUCCAAAACCUCAGCAAGAUUCAUGAGAUGUCAUUGAUGAGCUCAUCCUGUGCUGUGUUUUAUUCGUCGAGGGAAAUGCAGGGAAGUAAUGUUGUCAUUUAGAAAAUGUAAAAAUCAAUGACAUAAAUAUCUCUUGGUAAGAUGAAUCUUAUUCGUGAAAUGUAGAAAUCAGACGCGUGGAUGCUCUGCUUGUGUAUGUAUAUAGUAACCGAAGCUUGUGUUACGUAUAUUGUAUAAGCAAUGUGACCACGAAGAAGGUGAAACUGAACAAUAAUGUAAGAGAAAUAACAAACUCUUGUAUUACUAUGAAA